AGCUCCUCUUUGUUCUCUCUCCUUACACUCUCAGAGUCUUCCAUUCUUCUUCCAAGUUUUAGGGUUUAUUCCCUGUGUUUUUAGUUACUAGAAUCUGAAUUUUAUUUUAUUUGUAUUUAAUUUACGGUGUAAAUGGAGAUGAUGAAUCGGAUUUCGUCAAGAUUCUCAAGAUGUUUGAUAUCUUCGAUGACUACUCUUCUUCAUUUUGAUUCCUCCUCCUCUUCAUUAGGAAGACACUCCUAUAACACUUUUUCUCUGCAAAGCUAUGUCCAAACUCCCGAUAUCCAAGAGAAUCUAAAGAAAAUGAUUCCAGGAAAUAACAUGAAAUGGGGUUCACUUGGUCCUUCUAGAGAUUAUUCGAAUUUCGCAUCUGGGUUCACGCCUUUGCAACAGAAAACAUUGAGUUCAAUUCUUGACAUUGAGAGAGCCAAGAAUUUCUCACCAGAAGAUCUUGCUGACAUUUGGGAUGAUUAUCACUUGGGGAGAGGUCAUAUUGGUGUAACGAUGAAGGCGAAAUUGUAUCACCUAAUGAAGCAAAGAGCAGUUACUUGCCGGCAUUUUGUCGUUCCUUUAUGGAAAGGAAGUGGUUAUCUAACAAUGUUCGUUCAAGUGCAGAUGCCACACAUUAUUUUCACUGGUCUUGAAGAUUACAAGGCAAGAGGAACUCAAGCAGCACCCUAUUUCACAGCGACAUAUUUCACAGAAUUUGCAGAGACCAAGGAUAUGGUGCUCGUCCGUGGGGAUGUUGUUUUCACCAGCAAGCUCACUGAUGCGGAGGCUCAAUGGCUUCUUGAGACCACUCAAGCUUUCUAUCUGAAUGAUGCCAGGUACAAACUAGUUGAACAAUUUAACAAACAGACUCGCGAUUUUGAGUUCAAGGAUGUGUUGAAGGCACUGGAUCUGCCAGUGGGUUGAUUUGCUGAUAGAUCUCCAUUCCCCUAUUAUACCCAUUGGUGACCACCCCCAGAAGGAGCUUUUGGAAUGUGAGUGCCUUCACCUGCUGCCAGAUUCCGGUGUUCGGUUUUGUUUAGGUAAUAAGGCAGAGGCACGCAAUGGUUCUGGAGCUUCAUUAUUUUUUCUCCAAUUUAAUUUUGACGUGUCCCAUAAUUUUAUCACUUGGGUUGGAGUUUUAUUAGUGUUGUUUUGUAAAGCUAAGACCACCAGACCCCAUCAUACGAGGGUGUAAAUGAUAUUGCUCUUGCACUGUAAGUAUAUUUAUCAUGCUAA